GACACACAUCGUCAUUGUGCUUCAAUGGUAACAUCUGUUCAGAUAGAGGGCAAAAUACAGCAAAAACCAGAAGGCAGCUGUGAUGAUUUUGUGACUUGUGCCGUGACUUCUUCCGGUAACUUUCUUCACCACACAAUUACCAACAUGGCGUCCAUGGGCGGUGGUGGAAUACCGUGUAUUGACAUAACAUUAAAGAAGAUUCCCGGAGCUGGUCUUGGGCUAAGUAUAGCCGGAGGAAUCGAUCAGGAUAAAUCCAAGAACCCUUUCGUACCAGGAGAUGCGGGUAUUUUUGUAAGUGUCGUGAAACCAGGCAGUCCUGCUGAACUCUCAGGAUUAGCUAUUGGAGACAAAAUACUGGAGGUGAAUGGCCUAGACUUGACCAUGUCCACUCACAGUCACGCUAUCAAACUCCUCACAAAGGAGAAAUACACCACACUCAAGAUAAAGAUUCAUCGCAGAGGAAUCUAGCAACAACUCAGAGAGGACCUGUUUACAAGUCAAUUCUUCCGCUAACAAAGCAGGAUUUAUGUACAACUGGUAAGCAUGAGUGUUGAGCUGGCAGCCUGCGACAAGAAUUGUGUUCGCUCUUGAGAAAUAGAUUCAAUUUAUGGUAGGAUUCUCUCAGAUUUAGCAGCGGUUUUUUUAUUGUGCUUGGGGGGAAAACUUAUCAGUACUAUUUAUUUUUCCUGCCAAAAUGAAAAUGUUGGCGAAACAACAGACGUUUUGUUUCAUUCCAAAGAUUUCUCAUGGCUUGCCUUAUUUUGUUGAAGUGAAUAUUUAUGCUUAGUAGCGGACUGUCACUUAGUGAGUGUAGAGAGCAGAAAAGGCGUGCAGAAAAGAUUCCUAGAUGAGUGUGCGUUCUGAAAUAAAUAUGGUGUAACAUUGUCAUUAAAUUAAGAUAAAUAAUCCACAGGCUUGUACGCCUUGUUUUUGAAAGGGCAAGGGCACCAAGGCAUUUUCUCCCUGGUAAAGGGCACUCUAUGAAGAAAUUGUAAAUUU